AGAGAAAUACAAGGCAAUCGAAAGCAAAACCAAAACAAAACCAAAGAAUAAUAUUACCAGCCAGCUAGCGAGAGACCAGAUCAUGUCAAUGAAGAAGAACUCAAAAAGCAGCUCAAUGAAGAGAACCAGCAAUUGGUUUGCACUCGGUUUGAUACUAAUCAUGAUCGUGUCAUCACAGUUCAGUCAAGCUGAUUGCAGGGCGCUUCGAUCGACGACGAACACCGUCGGUGCUAACGGAGAUUGCGAACAAGCCGGUGGAUCAGGUCAUGACCAGAUGGUAGGAAUGUCGUCGUUCGCGGUUUCUUCAAACAACUCAGACAUUAGCAAUAGUACUAGUCGUCCUUUAGCCAGAAGCUUGGCGUUCAGAUUGGCGUCUGGACCCAGUAAAAAAGGCCCCGGCCACUAGUACUCCCAUCUAUAUAUGUUGGUGAAAUUGGAAUCUUGACCUCAUUCUUUUGUCAUUGUUUUUCGCUUUUUUUAAUUUUUUUUUUAAUUUUUUUAUUUUUACUGCGAAGCAGAAAUUGUAUAACUUCGGAGUUCGGAAUCUUGGUUUUAGUUGUUUAGGAGGCAUACACGCAUGAAGUGCUCAAUAGUUUCUCAUGUCUUAGUACUGCUAGUUGGUAAAACAAUAUAUAUACAAUUACAAAGUGCGUGCGAA